AGAGUCGCGCUUUCGGCACUCGGGCGCAGCCGGGCGGAUCCCACGCAGGUGCAGGACCGUGGGCGGCCGGCUCUGGCGGGUGGGAUCCCUGACACUGGUCCGAACAGCCCCUCAACCACCAUGUCGGCAGCCUGGAUCCCAGUUCUCUGUCUUGGUAUCUGUCUGGUGCUGCUGCCGGAGCCCACGGGCAGCGAGGGAGCUGUUCCUAUUGCUAUCACGUGCUUUACCAGAGGCUUGGACAUCAGGAAAGAGAAAGCAGAUGUCCUCUGCCCAGGCGGCUGCCCUCCUGAGGAAUUCUCUGUGUUUGGGAACAUAGUUUAUGCUUCUGUAUCUAGCAUAUGCGGGGCCGCUAUCCACAGGGGAGUAAUCAGCAUCUCAGGGGGACCUGUGCGCAUCUAUAGCCUACCUGGCCGAGAAAACUAUUCCUCUGUAGAAGCCAAUGGCAUCCAGUCGCAAAUGCUCUCCAGGUGGUCUGCUUCAUUCACAGUGACUAAAGGCAAAAGUGGUGCCCAGGAAGCCACAGGAAGGGCAGUGUCCACAGCACGUCCAUCAACAGGUAAACGACUAAAGAAAACACCAGAGAAGAAAACUGGCAAUAAAGACUGUAAAGCAGAUAUUGCCUUUCUGAUUGAUGGAAGCUUUAAUAUUGGGCAGCGCCGAUUUAAUUUACAGAAGAAUUUUGUUGGGAAAGUGGCUCUGAUGUUGGGAAUUGGAACAGAAGGACCACAUGUGGGCCUUGUUCAAGCCAGUGAACAUCCCAAAAUAGAAUUUUAUUUGAAAAACUUCACAUCAGCCAAAGAUGUUUUGUUUGCCAUAAAGGAAGUAGGUUUCAGAGGCGGUAAUUCCAAUACAGGCAAAGCCUUGAAGCAUACUGCUCAGAAAUUUUUCACGGCUGACAGUGGAGUGAGAAAAGGGAUCCCCAAAGUGGUGGUGGUGUUUAUUGAUGGCUGGCCUUCUGAUGACAUUGAGGAAGCAGGCAUUGUGGCCAGAGAGUUUGGUGUCAAUGUGUUUAUAGUUUCUGUGGCCAAACCUAUCCCUGAAGAAUUGGGGAUGGUUCAAGAUGUUGCAUUUGUUGACAAGGCUGUCUGUCGGAAUAAUGGCUUCUUCUCUUACCACAUGCCCAACUGGUUUGGCACCACAAAAUAUGUAAAGCCCCUGGUACAGAAGCUCUGUACUCAUGAGCAAAUGAUGUGCAGCAAGACCUGUUAUAACUCAGUGAACAUUGCUUUCCUAAUUGAUGGCUCCAGCAGUGUUGGAGAUAGUAAUUUCCGCCUCAUGCUUGAAUUUGUUUCCAACAUAGCCAAGACUUUUGAAAUCUCAGACAUUGGUGCCAAGAUAGCUGCUGUACAGUUCACUUACGAUCAGCGCACAGAGUUCAGUUUCACUGACUAUAACACCAAAGAGAACAUCCUUGCUGUUAUUAGGAACAUCCGCUAUAUGAGUGGUGGAACAGCCACUGGUGAUGCCAUUUCCUUUACUGUGAGAAAUGUGUUUGGUCCUGUGAGGGACAGUCCCAACAAGAACUUCCUGGUAAUUGUCACAGAUGGGCAGUCCUAUGAUGAUGUCCGAGGUCCUGCUGCUGCUGCACAUGACGCAGGUAUCACCAUCUUUUCUGUUGGUGUGGCUUGGGCACCUCUGGAUGACCUGAAAGAUAUGGCCUCUAAACCAAAGGAGUCACAUGCUUUCUUCACAAGAGAGUUCACAGGAUUAGAACCAAUUGUUUCUGAUAUUAUUAGAGGCAUUUGUAGAGAUUUCUUAGAAUCCCAGCAAUAAUGGUGAUAUUUUGACAACAGGAAGGAAAUACAAGGGGAUCUAAUGUAUAAACUGUAUUCUCAUAAUGAAAUAUCAUAGCAUACUAGGAUCAGAUACUUGUAUUAAAUGUCAACAGGUAUUCUAAGCAAAUAAGCAUUCAUUUAAAGCUACUACCUUCUGAUUACUAUUAGACUUUAUAAAAAUUCAAAACAUUUGGCCGAGUCUUCAUAAUUAUGGCCCUUAGAAACUCAGGAAGAGAAGAUAUCAUGGAUUAAAAUCUUUUAAAAAGUUUCCAUGUCUAUUAAAUAUUUAGAAAUGCAAAUACCAAGUAUCAAAAGAAUGUGAUACUUAGACCAAAAGUAACAUUCCUUCUCUAAUCAUUUUCUAUUGAUUAUAUAAAUAAAAUCAAAGAGAAACAAAUAGAAAAAACAGCUUUUUAACAUAGUUCAACUAUUUUGAUCCAGGUGGAUGUUUUCUUAAAACCAAUCGAUAGCUGGUUCCUUCAUACUACAAAGUUACGAUUAUGGAUUAUAUUGCAAGGAUGUGUAUCAAGCUUCUGUAUUUUCUUAGUAACUUAUGCCUAAAAAUAUCACAUUCAACAAGAUAGCAGGAUUGCUUGGUAUUUUUCUAUUUAUAUACUUAAUUUUAUAUGUUUGUAGAUAUACUGGCUUUUACUCUAAAAGACAGCAAAGCACUGAGAAAAUGUUAAGUUGGUAAGGUUGUUGGGAAAAAAAACAUUUCAAAUAACAAAACUGCCAAGAAAGGUAUUGUAAUUUGGAUACUUAAUAAAAUUGUUAGUGACUUAUUCUAAGCUGCCUUUUGUUAUUCCAAGUCUCUCUCCCUAAGAUAUGGUAAAUAUUCUGUAUGUACUAAUUUACAUGGAAGACCAAUCUGAAUUGUUUUUUAAAUAAUGUAAUCGCAGGCCUGUGUGAGGUUGGAGGAUGGUAGGUUCGAGGCCUGGGCAACUUAGGGAAACCCUAUCUUUAAAAAACAACCUGGGAAAUGUAGCUCAGUGGUAGAGUACCUCCAAGUUCAAUUCCCAGCACCACAAAAACAAAGUAAAAAAAAAAAAAAACCAAUGUGGAAUAAUACCAAGUAUAUAUUUUUUCUUUUAUUUAAUUAUUUACUGCAUGCCCACUGUUUUAGCCAUUACCAGAUUAAGUAAGCACUAUCACAUGCUUCUGAGUACUAAUGUUUUGUACCUUGUGCUAGUUUCCUUAAUGUGCAGCAGCAUAUCAGGAGUUUCCUCCAUAGACAGAGGUGCUCUAUCACCCUGUCUUGGCUGUCUUCUCCAAAAACAGGUUCUGUUCCUCCUUCAUUUACCUGCUUCAAAGAGAUUCAGAUUCCAACUGAAACCAUACAACCAAAGAGUUGACCUGAAAAGGUGUUAAUUGGCUGGAAUAAUAUAUUCCAGUAAAUCUUUUAAGUCUAACAAUUUUAUGGGGAAAGGCAGAACUUUAAUUACCUUUGACAUUACACAAAUACUUGAUAAAAGGGAGGUUGAAAAGAUAAUUUCGUUCCUAUUCCUUAAAGCUGAAAAUGAUAGAUUAAUAUAACAAGAAUUUUAUCAUCAUCAAAAAUGAAUUCCACUUAAUGUGAUUUUUCCACUAGUACACAGACUACAAAUUCUCAUCUUAGAGUACCAUCCCUUAAUUAAUUAAGCUUUGCCAAGCAUGGUGGAACUCGCCUAUAAUCCCAGCAGCUCGGGAGGCUGAGGCAGGAGGAUCACAGGUUCAAAUCCAGCAUCAGCCAAAGUAAGGCACUAAGCAACUCAUUGAGACCCUGUCUCUAAUUAAAAUACAAAAUAGGGCUGGGGAUUGGCUUAGUAGCCAAGUGCCCCUUCGUUCAUCUCUGGUAUCUGAAAAAAAGAAGCAGCAGCAAGCUUUAAUGAAGCCACAGCUUCUAGUAUUCUUUAAAGGUUUUUUCCCUUUAAUUCUAUAAAGGACAAAAUUUAGUGAUCAGGGAAAUGAAUAUUUUUACUGAUGUAACAGCAAGAGUAGAAAUCAGAACUUUAAGCAACUAUCAAUUUAUCUGAGGAAACAAUCAUGAUAAAGGGUUAACAACUAAAAGAGGUAAAAUAAUUUAAACAUAUAAUUCAACAGGCAUGUCUAAAUUUAAAAUAUGCUAGCUCAUUUACAAUUUUUAAUGUACUAAAUGUUAGUUUUCAGGGGUAACAGUUUGAAAUGAGAAAAUACAAGUAUGAAAGAGGUAGAAUAUUAUUAAAUGAG